AUGGCGAGCACUCCGCCAGCUUCGCCUAUUCACCAGCGGCCCUCGUCCACCAUUGUCAAGCCUUCGCGGAGCAGCAGCAGACUGAGCAUGAGCAGCAAAACGGGACUCGGCAGCCGUGCCUCAGAUGAGGACGCGCGCACUGCGGUCCGUGUCGCUGUCCGUAUCCGACCGCCUCUGGAGCCAUCAGAUCCCGGCUACGACUUGAUACCGCAACGCUUCCAGCGUUCCAUGGUUCAGACCUCCUCAGACACAAACCUAUCCAUAGACUCGCCACAAGGCCGCAAACUCUUCGUUUUCGACCGCGUCUUCGGCCCCGACAUCGAGCAGGAGGGCAUAUGGGACUACCUUGCCGACUCGGUUAGCGCCUUUGCCCAGGGUUACAAUGUGUCGCUGCUCGCCUACGGCCAGUCUGGCGCCGGAAAGUCAUACACAAUGGGCACAUCUGGCCCCCUCGAUCAGCAGGAUGACAAGAUGAUGGGUGUCAUCCCCCGCGCUGCAACUGCACUCUUCGCAAAGCUCGAAUCUUUAUACGGCAGAAAAGACGUCUCACUAGCCUCCAAUCGCAACAGCCAAUUUCUAACCCAACUCAAAAACCCACGUGGUUACGCCCAGCAAAACCCUCUUGGUGACCGCAACUGGUCACUGAAAGCCACCUACGUGGAAAUCUACAACGAGCAACUUCGAGAUCUCCUUACCCCCGAAACGACCCCGCUGGGCGAACGCACCAAUGUCGCUAUCCGGGAAGACACCAAAGGCAACAUCCUCGUCACUGGCCUCCACCAGGUCCAAAUCGAGUCCGCCGAGGACCUGAUGAACGCCCUCGCUCUGGGCUCGACUAUUCGCCAAACCGACGCCACCGCAAUCAAUGCCAAGUCCUCUCGCUCUCAUGCCGUCUUCUCACUAAAUUUGGUGCAAAGACGCAGCAAGACACAGACCAGUGCCGCCGAGAAGCGUUUCUCCGUCCCCAUCGAGGCCAUGACAGGACAGGAAGUUUCCAUCACCACAGACAGCAAACUGCAUUUCGUCGAUCUUGCCGGUAGUGAGAGACUGAAGAAUACCGGUGCACAGGGCGAUAGAGCCAAGGAAGGAAUUUCCAUCAAUGCCGGUUUGGCCUCGCUCGGCAAAGUCAUCAGCCAGCUAUCCUCCCGCCAACAUGGUUCACACGUGUCGUAUCGCGAUUCCAAGCUCACCCGUCUUCUUCAAGAUUCGCUUGGUGGCAAUGCAAUCACCUACAUGAUUGCCUGCGUCACCCCAGCCGAAUUUCACCUCAGCGAGACCCUCAACACUGUCCAGUACGCGCAGCGCGCCCGCGCUAUUCAGUCCAAGCCCCGCAUUCAGCAAGUCGAAGAGGGCGACAAGCAAGCCGUCAUCGAUCGCCUCAAGGCCGAAAACUCGGGCGCCGGCACCGCCGAACGCUCAGAACGUGACAAGGAGCGCGAAGCCGAAAUGCAGAACCAGCUUCUCGACAUGCAAGAAAACUACAGCGCCCUCAGCCAGCGCCACGCGCGUCUCAUUGCUGAGAUGGCUAGAGCCGGCGACAAGGAGUCUGCCGAUAAGGAGGGCUCAGAAUCCACGCAAGUUAACAGCGCCACCGACAGACUGAACCGAUCCAAUUCUUUUGCCCAAGCUGUUGAGCAGGUUGUUCUGGAGUACGAAAAGACCAUUGAAUCCCUCGAGCAAUCCCUUUCCAGUACCCGAAGCACCUUGUCCACCACCGAGACUUCGCUGCUAGAGAGAGAGACGAAGCUGGCCUACAUCGACACCAUAAACACACAGCUCCAGGCCCGAGUCCAAAAGCUCAUGGACCGCGAAGCCAACACGGAGUCUUACCUCCACGACCUCGAAUCUAAACUCGACGGCCAUAGCAACGGUGACGAAAAGAAUGCCUCCGUCAUUACAGAGUUGCGCAAGGAAAUUGCACGCGCUCGCGAAAAUGAAGCCUCUUGUGAAGACUACAUUUCCACUCUGGAGGAGCGUCUGGCCGAGGCCGAUCAGGAUGGUGAGCUGAUGCAACGCGAGAUUGAUCGGCUCGAGCAAAUCGUCGAGCGCCAGCGCAGCCUAGGCAAGCUUGACUCGCUACUGUACGAGCUCGAUCACGUCGACCAGGCGAAGCAACCCGAACUCAACGGCACCCAGGAAUCCGCACGCCGUGGUUCUGCUGACCACUCUCGCAAAUUGGCUCAUCUUCGUACCCAAAGUCAGAUUAAUGAGACGAUUCACGAGGACGACGAGGACGCCGACGCUGAAGCGGCUGGUUCGCGCGCCAGUACCGUCAGAGAAGAAGUCUACGAGGACUCUGUCGAACACGUCAGCCGCGACAUCAAGCCAACCGAAACUCACAACGUUGAUGGUCUCGCCCAGGUUGCACAAACCCCGGCCCAGACCAAGCAUGUCGCAGAUAAACUUGAGAGUGUCACACAGGAGCUGGUUGGCCUCCGCGUCGAACACGAGUCUACCGUCAAUGACUAUGAUGCCCUCCAAGCCAAGUACGAAGAAGCUGUGCAAAAAAUGGCUACUCUCCAGGAUGCCGUCGACGAAGCCCGCCAUGUCCACCAAGUCCACAACGUCCGCGACUCUAUCAUCUCGGAAGCCUCAUCCAACCAGCGAGCGGACUCGUUCCGCUCUUCUGGCGAGUCCCAGCUGGCGAAGGAGGGUCCUCGCUCCUCUGCGUCACGCUCUCUAUCAUCUGAGCUUUCGUCUGCCAUGGAGUCGGCCGAUACCGCAGACACCUCGGCGCACGAAGACAUGGCCGAAGACGACGACACGGCCACAACCAGGCCUGACGCCGCUAGCGACGACGUGACGCAAAGUGAUUUGACUGCCGAAUUAACCCAGGAGCUUGAGCGCCUCAAGCAGCUGGCCGAUGAUAGAGAGGAGGCUGCCAAGGAACUCGCAACCAAGUAUGCGCAGCUUCAGUCCACCCAUAGCGAUACCUUGGACGCCGUCGAGGAGCUCAAGACCGAUCUGUCCAAGGCACGUGCCGUCGAGGCCACAUCGCCACGCACCUCAAGCCCCGUCAUUCGUCGCAAAUCCAGCCAGAACCUCUUAAUCAUUGACAGAGCUCACCGCUCCUUUGCCUCUCUGCGUAACAUUGCCAGCGAAAACUUUGAGACGCGCCCAGAAGUCAUGCAGAACUUUGAGCUCAACCUCAACGCCGCCAUGCACGAACUUCACACCCGCAGCGAGCGCAUUCAAGAGCUUGAAGCUUCCGUCGCGUCAACAAAGAAGGAAAUGGAGACUAAAAUGACCAUCAUCUCUGGCCUGACUCGUGAGCGCACCAGCUUGAAGGCUAGUCCCAUGGACAUGUCCAUGGUCGCGACCCUGCGACAGAAGCUUGAGCAGAACGAGAAGCAGCUGGCCGAGAUGGGCGAAGCUCACAAGCACCGCGAGCAGACUCUGCUCGCCGAGCUGGAACAGCUGCGAGUUGAGCAUGGCCAGAGCGAAGCCAAGCACAGAGAUGGCGCUGAUAUUGCUGCCGUCGAAAAGGAUACUCAAGUCAGCUCUCUGCAAUCUGAGCUUUCCGCCUGGGAAACGAAGCACAAAGCGGUCCUUGCCUCCACGCAAGCCGCCGAGACGGAGCUCCGCAGCACUAUUCAGCAGCUCGAGACCGAACUCGCCACCGCGACCGCCGACCUCGAAACGGCCAAGGCCACCUCGACGGCCGAUUCCGAUACCAUCGCCGGCAACGAGCGCAAGCACCAAGAUCUCGUCAGUUUUUUGCGCAGUGAGAUUGAUGAGUAUAAGAAGCUCAUUCAUGAGCACUCUGCCAAGGUUGCCGAGCUCGAAAGGGCUCAUACCGCCACCAAGUCUGAGCUGGAGGUCAUAUCAAACUCGCAUAGUACGGUCGCCUCUCACGCCAAACAGCACGAGGAACUCGUGGCUGAGCUGCAAGCUCAAAUCGCCAACUUUGAAGGCACGGCGAAAUCGCACAAGGAGGCUCUCGACGAGCUGUCGACGACGCAUGCCAAGGAAAUUGCCGAGAUGAAGGCCCACGAGCAGAAGGGCUAUGAGGAACAGAUGGAGGUUCUCUUGACCGAGCAUAACGAGUCGACUCGUAAGCUCGAGGCCGAGGCCAAUGAUGCCCGCGAUGAUCUGAUGAAGGUUGCCACGCAAGUCGCUUCUGCCCUAGGUUUAGAGAUUAGCAUCGAGAAGCUUACUGAGCGUAUCGAUGGCCUGAUCAACGAUCAAAAGCUACUCCAGACUGAGCAGGGCAAAUCCGCUGAGAUGCAGCAGCACGUCACCGAGCUCACCACCAUCAACGAGACCAUCAUGAAGGAUCUGGAGGAGGUCAAGGCCAAGCUUGCUGAGCUAUUGGCAGGACCCACCCCUGAGACUGAGGCAGCCACGGAACACGCAUCCGUCAAGGAACAAAUUAUUGCCGUAAAGGGUAAGAUGGAUGACCUGGAGGCUAAGAACAAGAAGCACAGCCGCCUGGUUGAGGAAUUGGAAGAGCAGCUGCAGAACAACUUUGAUGAGGCACAGAUGACGAACAAGCGCCUCAGCUCUAUGCAGACGGAACGGGCCGCGCAACUGGAAGAGGUCAAUGCCGCCAGAGCUAAGCUCCAGGCCGACCUAGACGCGAUCCGCCUCGAGUACAACUCGCUACAGACCAAGUUGAACGAAGGCGAGGCCAACGGCGACGUGCGCCGCUCCAACUCUGGCUCGACCAUCCGCAAGGCUGCUUCGCACAACUCUCUUCCUUCGCCACCCCCUGCGAUUCCUCUGCCACCACUGCCCGGCUCUGCCGCCUCGUCCAUUAACGGUGUGCCUGCAUCGCCCACGAGCGGUCGUCCUCUGAGCAAGGACAAUAUGAACAUUUCACAGAUUACGGAAGAUCAGGAGGCCCGCAUUCGUACCAUUGAGAAGCACCUGUAUGCGGAGCGCCAGCUGACUCAGACUCUAGAGGAGGCUCUGAGCGAUCUAGAGAAGCAAUCCAAGAAGGUCAAGGCCGACUGCGAUGCGUGGAGGAAGCGAGCCUCUGACCUGGAGACUGAAGUCAAGGAGCUCAAGGAGCGCCCGACAGAAUCGGCGCAGGACAACCGGUGGAGCAUGCAGGUUGUGGAGGAGGAACGCAAGAAGCGACAGGCGGCGGAGCUGGCUAGAAAGCAACUGGAGGAGAGGAUGAAUGCCAUCAAGAAGGGCAAGAAGAAGAAGGGAAGCUUGAACUGCUUCUAG